AUGAUACUCCGCUUGUGGAAUUUGGGGGGUAUGACACAAGUGACAACUCCGGAUAUCACGAUCAAGAAGUACAUUCGCGCUCUACCCGACUGUGUAGCUGACUUUGUUCAAGCAGCUAAACCUACUACCAUUGAGGAAACUUACCAACUCACAGCUGAGAUCAAUGAUAAGCGAGUUUUGGCUGAAUCGCAAGGUAACAAAAACAAGAACUAUGCUACUACCACCGCUCCUCUCAAUGCUGCUCCUGUCACCAAUCAAAACCGCCAAGUGGCAGCACCUGUAACCAACGCACCGCCUGCUAAGCGUGCGUAUACCGGUCCUCAUCCUCUGUGCCCUACUUGCACCUAUCAUCACCCAGUUGGGAUAGCUUACCGUUUCUGUGUCCACUGCAACCACUAUGGACAUUUCACAGCGAACUGUCGCACUGGCCCACUUCAACAAGCUCAAGCUCAAGCUCCUCCCGCACUGCCAGUUCCACUCCCCGCUCCUCAGGGUAGCCAAGCAGCUCCUGCGCCCGUAGCUCAUGCACGAUCCUGCUACUCUUGUGGUGACCCGAAUCAUUUUGCUAAUGUCUGCCCGAAUCGCGUGGUUAAACAACAACCGCAGCAACCACCGCAGCAACAACAACAACAACCACAACAGCAACAGCAGCAACCAUAA